AUGGCAAUUAAUCGACUCAACGCAACUUUUAUCAAUUAUUCACGAUUUUGGAAUCCAAAACUGGCCAGGAAUUAUAUGAUAGUUAUACUUAUUCUAACAACAAUCUCAUGUUUUCCAUUGCUUUUUGAGGGCAAAACUAUAGUGGAGUCUGGAAAUGGGACAACUAUUCUGAUAGAAAAACCUGGUUUAGUUAUGCAAAGAUUGAUAGUUGGAGGAACUACCCUGGGUUUUGAGAUACUAUCAGUUAUUCUUACUAUAAUUACGAUUUAUCGAUUGAAAAACUUUAAAAAUGCGAGGGUAAGUGUCGAGUGGCGGAAGCUUCCCCGUCAGCGGCCACGUGGAUUGCUAUGACGUGGGAUAUGACUGCUAAAGCUAUCUAUCCCACGUCAUAGUAAUCCUCGUGGCCGCUAAAGCGGAAGACAGUGCCGCUGACGCGGAAGCUUGCGGCCUACACUCGCUCCGCUCGAGGACAUUUUUUCGAGUGUAGACCGCAAGCUUCCGCGUCAGCGGCCACGUGGAUUGUUAUAACGUGGGAUAUGACUGCUAAAGCUAUCCCACGUCAUAGUAAUCCACGUGGCCGCUAAAGCGGAAGACAGUGCCGCUGACGCGGAAGCUUGCGGUCUACACUCGAAAAAAUGUCCUCGAGCGGAGCGAGUGUAGGCCGCAAGCUUCCGCGUCAGCGGCACUGUCUUCCGCUUUAGCGGCCACGAGGAUUACUAUGACGUGGGAUAGAUAGCUUUAGCAGUCAUAUCCCACGUCACAAGAAUCCACAUGGCCGCUGACGCGGAAGCUUCCGGUCUACACUCGCUCCGCUCGAGAAUAUUUUUCGAGCGAGUGUAAACCCACGACCAUACAAGGCGCCCAUUGAGUCAGACGCGAGACGACGAGAGUAGUUUGCAAAAAUAUCUCAAAAAUUAAUUUCGCUUCGAGAUAUUUUCAAUAAAACAUGUGUUCCUUGAAACAAAGUACGGUGUUUUUUCAAAGGGACACAUAUUUUCUUAAAAAUAUCUCGAAGCGCUAUCUUUCUCUGUCUUAGAUGACGUCAUCAUACUCCCGUCGUCUCUCGUCUGACCCGAGGGGCAAUUUUCUAUUGGAGUAAAUGGUCGUGAACCGGAAGCUUCCGCGUUGGCGGCCACGUGGAUUACUAUGAUAUGGUAAACGUCAUAGGAAUCCACGUGGCCGCUAAAGCGGAAGACAGUGCCGCUUCGCGGAAGCUUGCGGUCUACACUCGAAAAAUCAAAAACCUUUUUGCAGGAAAAAAAGCUGGUAUUCGUCACAGCCUCUCACACCUUCACCACACUCUUCUUCAUCUUCUAUCAAUUUUCGCAAGUCUUCAAGUUCAGCAGUGCGUUCGGACAAGCAAUCGCGCUCUAUCGAACAAAUGGCGGGUUCUUCUUUCUCUGCGCCAAUUUUUGCAUGAUUCUGAUUGCUGAUUCGCGUGUUCGACGCGAUUUUUUCGAGGGUUUUGUGUUUUGGAAGAGGGCCAAGAAGAGGGAGGAUGUUAGGAUAUUUGGAACAAGGAAUUCAACACAACUUCGGUGA